CGGAGGAUGCACGCGGGGCUGCACGCGGGGCUGCUGGGGCUCUCCGCCCUGCUGCUGGCGGCCGAGCAGAGCGCGCGCCUCUGCACCAUGAUCUACCACUUCGCCACAGGUCAGCUGCUCUGGGGGUGGCUGGCCGUUGCUGUGCUACUGCCUGGCUUCCUGGUCGAGGGCUUGAGUUACCUGUGGUUCCGAGCAGAUGGACAGCAAGGCCACUGCUGGUUGGUCAUGCUGCACCUCCUACAGCUUGGCGUGUGGAAGCGACACUGGGACGCCACAUCCACUGUUCUGUGGAAGGGCAGGGUGGCGCCCCACCAGGGCCAGCUGCUGCUCCAGGAGGCAGACCUGUCAGCCCUCCGCCUCUUGGAAGCCCUGCUCCAGAGCGGGCCCCACCUGCUGAUUCAAACCUAUGUUUUCCUUGCCUUGGACUUCACAGAUGUUGUGCCAGGGGUGAGUGCCCUGUGCUCCUGGGUGGCGCUAUCCUGGGCGCUGGUGUGCUAUACUCGUUUCAUGGGCUCCAUAAAGCCGGGCCACCUCGCCACGCCAUGGGCUGCCCUCUUCUGCCAGCAGCUGUGGAGGAUGGGCAUGGUGGGAGCCCGCGUCCUGAGCCUGGCUCUGUUCUUCAGAGCUCACCACGCCUGGGGUUUGGUAGUUGGAGGUGCCCACUGGCUGGUGAUGACAUUCUGGCUCGUGGCCCAGCAGAGUGACAUUGUGGAAAGCACCUGCCACUGGAGGGUGUUCAACCUGCUAGUGGGGGCCGUGUACAUCCUCUGCUACCUCAACUUCUGGGACAGCCCUUCCAGGAGCAGGAUGGCCACGUUCUACACGGUUAUGCUGCUGGAGAAUAGCAUCCUGUUGCUCUUGGCCACUGACUUUCUCCAGGGGACAUCGGUGACCAGCCUGUGGACCAUAGCAGGAGUCUUGUCCGGAUUUCUGAUCGGCACCGUCUCGCUGGUAGUUUAUUACAGCCUGCUGCACCCUAAGUCCACACACAUCUGGCAGGACUUUGUAAGGCAGUCCUGUGGCAUUGCAGGGGGUGGCAAGGCAGAGAGAGAAUCUUCUCCCCCGGGCACCGCUGGAGCUGAGAACAGGCCUGAGAGCCCAGGGACACGCCGAGAGGAAGGUUAUGAGCUACCAAGUCUGGGGAAGCCCCCCAGCCUGCAGUGGGGACCCCCAGAGGCUGGGCUAGAAAGCCAGAUUUCUGGGGAGGACUCUUUCCUUAGUCACCACCACUGGCUGUUGGUGAAACUUGCCCUGAAAACAGGAAAUGUGUCUAAGAUCAACGCAGUCUUUGGAGAAGACCAUCCUGGCUGCUUUUGUCCCCCUGCAUGGGGGUCGAGCCAACACUACAACCCGCAGAGGAAGCCCCCGUUUUCCCAGCAAGAGCUCUCAUCGUCACCCCAUGGCCCCCUAACCUCAGAGAAUGGCUCUGAGUUUCAAAGUGUCUCAAAAGCAGAGGCUGACCAGUCAGAAACAUCCAGUUAUGUCUCUUUUACCAGUGAUAAUUAUGACAAAGCUCCCAUCCAGCAGCUGUCAGCUGUACAGAGUCGGGGUAGCCCAGAGCAAGGAGCGGGGGCUGUUUUGGGGGUGCAAGAAAGAAGUGCAGGUGGGCAGCUGAGAGGUGCAGGGGGACAGGAGAGCUCCACGCUGUACUUCAGUGCCUCAGAAGGAGCCACAGCCUCACACCAAGGAGGUGAGCAAGCCACUCCGCAGACGUGGGGAAAAGGCAGCCCCGCGCAGCGUGCCUCACCCCAGCCAGCCACUAAGCCCUUUCCCAUCACCAUGGCCAACAUUAGCCCAAUCCUAGGCACGGGUCCAGGGAGGAGAUUCCGCCCCAGCACAGUCAUCCCCACAGUCGGAGCCAGCCAGGGAUCGGCCGGGAGCUCAUGGGAGCAGCAGGGGCUCACGAGGGACCUGAGUCAUCCUGCCACUGCUGGCACGUGGAUGUCACUGCCGAAGGUGAGCCCAAGGCCCGCCGAUGAGCCCUGCCUCACAUCCACCCCCAAGUCUGAGUCCAUCCACCGGGACGGCAGCCCACCGGAGAGGCUGGAGACCGAGACGAGUGUCUUCAUCUGACCACAGCCACGGCAGGAUAAGACGGACAGGCUGGUCACUGGAUGUCUGGAUAGGAGAAACCCCACUUCUGACACCUGCACCCUGUGCACCACACACCCCCCGGACCACUAUGCACAGCACAAAAAAUGAAGGAUCUGGAGUAGAUUAUUUCCAAGAUCCCCUGUGAACACCACACACCACACAUAUGCAUAAGAGAUGGUCUCUAACACAGCAUAGGAGGGGAGAAAAGACUUCCCAUAAAAUUGCCUGCUUGGGCCAGCCAAAUGGCUCAGUUGGUUAAGAGCACACGUUCUGAACAACAGGGUUGCCAGUUCGAUUCCCAC